CCCGGCCGCGAGCACAGCCGAACGAGCUCAGGCUCUUCCGUGCUGCUGCGGUGGGGCGCCCCAAGGCCGUGGCCGAGGGCUGCCUUCUGCGCCGCUGGGCCGGGCGCCCCCGCUGCCACAGCGAUCGCCCUGCUGCCGGCGCCCGCCCGCGUCCGGCCCGUUCAGCGCGGGUCUGCGCGGGAACGCUCCGGGUCGGGCCAGGCCGGCGCGAGCAGGGCGGGCGGCCGCGGGCCGGAGCUCCGCGCGGCUCUCGCAGGGCGGGAUCUGGCGCCGGCGCUGGGCCCGCUUGAGGGGAGCCGCUUGUCCUGCGGCGGCACCGGGGCCGGGCCAGUCCUUCGCGGCCCGGCGGGGCUGACGUCCUCUGUAUCCUCGGCAGAAGGAAAUGGCAGCUCUGGGCAGAUCCUGUCAGGGUAUUCCUGCGGGGCCCGCCCUGGAGUUCCCGCAGGCUCUGGCCGCGGCCCCUGACCGCCACGGCCUGCCGGGAGUCGAGCGGGACGAUUCGCAGCCCGGAGCUGCCGGCCGCGAGUACCUCCAGCCCCCCGCCGUGAUGAUGGCGGGGAACAGGAACGACGGGGCCGAUGGCUGUGGCUCCUCCGGCGUGUGUUUGCAGAGCAGCUUUGACAUUGCCGCUUUAGCUGCUCUUGGGAGUUACAACGAGAGCCUGACUGUUGCUCCGGUGGGUUCCUUCACAAACGCGGCACACCCGCGAGGCUUACACCAUCAGCAGAGUCACAGCCAUGUCACUGUUCGAGGUGGAAAGAAGCAUAAGCUAGAAGAAGAGGCAGAAGGUUGUCCUGUGAAGAAGAAGAGACUGACAGGAACCAAAAAUUGCCCUUUGAAUCCCAACACUGAAGAAUGGAUUCUCUGUGCAGGUCAGCAGGCAGCUGGGGAGGUAGCAAGUCAGUAUGGUGGCAGCCGUCCUGAAACUGCCAUGUUAGAAAUUCCCUGUGAAGAAAUGGAUCAGACAAUGGGGGAACACCAAUGCGAGGUUGCUCGCAGGAAGCUUCAGGAAAUUGAGGACAGGAUAAUUGAUGAAGAUGAGGAAGUUCAUGCUGAUGGAAAUGUUAGCAAUCUGCCCACUCUUAUCCUGUCAGAUACCCUUAAAAAAGGGAUGAAGAGGGAUUUUGGUGAAGUCCUGACAAAGAAAAUAAUAGAGUCUAUGAGCCGUCCUUCUAUGGAGCUGGUGCUUUGGAAACCUCUUCCUGAAUUUCUCACAGAUAAACUGAAGCCUGUUUCUGUAAAGAACUUCAGGCAGCAGAGUACAGAAGGGUGUCAAGCAAAGCAGUUAACACCAAGAGCUGCUUUUGACCCACAGACUGAAAUAUUCCCUGAAUCACAACAGACUGUCGUGUCUCCAGAUAUGUAUACUAGUUUGGGAAUCUCUGGGUGUGCAGAAGAAGAAAUGGAGUUGUAGAUGCCAAACUGUAGACUGGAAGUGGUGAACUUCUGCUGUUUUUUGUUGCUGGUUUUUUGAUUCUCUCUUUCCUUCUGGUUUGAUGUGUGAAUCUGAAGUUUUAUUAUUAUUAUUUUUCCUAGUAACAAUCGUAAGAACAUGGGUUGGCCAGACACAACUUCAGGAAACUUAAA